GGCGCGGAACAGCGGGUACGCAGUGCCGGUAGCGCCGUGUCCUCCUUCCGUGAGAACGGUGUGGGGGGACCCUGACGAAACAGGUAGAGCAUCAGCUGUGCGCCUCGGGCCGUGAGCCUUCCUCCGAGCGAAUCGCCUGUCUGGGCGUGUCACGGGCGGCCCUUUCGUGGCACUGUCGCCUCGCCUCACCCGCGGGGCGUGGAGGCUGGGGCUGACAGAGGCUCAUCCGCCCUAGGAGCCGAGGCGGGGCUGGACGCGGCGGAGGAGUGACCGCGGGAGGCGGUGGGGAGGAGACCCCCCCAGACCGUAGCAGGGCCGAGCUCCAGGGGCAUCGCGUGUGGUGCGCGGCGCCGUGCACUCCCCUCAGGUGUGCGGGGCUCGGUGCUUUUUAAGAAGACGACUCCUAUAGCUUUUUUUUGGGGUGUUUUCCGAACCUUUCUGGGCUCUGGUGGCAGCCCCGGGGUUUUGUGGAGUUCCGUGCUUUUUCACGAUCUCACUCCCGUCGUAACGGACGUCUUUGCACUUCUAUAGCAAGAUAUUUUUUCGUACCCUGCUCAAAGCCUGGUUUGAGGCAGCAUCCGACAGCUGGAAAGGUUUGAGAAAGGAACCCCGAGCCAGUCGCCUCACGAUGUGGACCUUUCUGGGUAUCGCCUCCUUCAUCUAUGUGUAUAAAAAGUGUGGAGACCUCAUGACCUACGCCAAUAAGGAGGUGCUGCUUUCCGUGUUAGUGUUUUUCUCCCUCGGCUUGCUGCUGUCCUACCGGUACCGUUUCAGGGGAUCCAAGCAGCAGCAGCAACAGCAGCAGCGGAAAUCCCACCUGGGGGUGUUCUCCGAUGUUCUCUCAGCUUUACCGCUUGUUGGCUUCUUCUGGGCCAAACCCACCGCUGGAUCUCAGCAAGCUGAACGACCCAAAUCGAGAAAGGGUAAAAAAGAAGUAAAAUUUUCAGAGGCCUGUAUGACAGAGACCGUUCCAAAUGCAUCAUCACCCCAGUGUGAUCCAGAAAUUAUCAUUGUGGGGUCAGGCGUCCUUGGUUCUUCCUUGGCCACUGUACUCUCAAGAGAUGGAAGAAAAGUGACUGUGAUAGAGAGAGAUCUGAAAGAACCUGACAGGAUCGUUGGAGAAUUGUUGCAGCCUGGAGGUUUUCGUGCACUUAGAGACUUGGGUCUUGAAGAUACAGUAGAGGGUAUAGAUUCACAAAUAGUAAAUGGUUACAUAGUUCAUGACAGAGAGAGCAACUUGGAAGUUGAAAUUCCUUAUCCAAUAUCUGAGGAUGGCCGCGUGGCAAGUGGAAGAUCUUUUCAUCAUGGACAGUUCAUCAUGGGUCUCCGAAGGGCAGCUAUGGCAGAGCCCAAUGCAGAAUUCAUUGAGGGGACUGUGUUACAAUUGCUUGAGGAAGAUGACUGUAUUGUGGGUGUCCAGUACAAGGACAAAGAAACUGGAGAGACUAAGGAACUUCAUGCACCUCUUACUGUUGUAGCUGAUGGGCUUUUCUCCAAGUUUAGAAAAACUCUGAUCUCCAACAAAGUUACAGUUUCAUCACAUUUUGUUGGUUGCAUUUUGAAGGAUGCACCACAAUUCAAAGCUAAUUAUGCUGAACUUGUUUUAGCUAAAACCAGUCCAGUACUAAUCUAUAAGAUUUCUUCAACUGAGACUCGAGUCCUUGUAGAUAUUCGAGGGGAAAUGCCAAAAAAUCUGAAAGAAUACAUGGUUAAGCACAUUCAUCCACAACUACCUGAUCACUUAAAGGAAGAGUUCUUAAUAGCAGUUCAGAACGAUCGUCUAAGGACUAUGCCAGCCAGCUUCUUGCCUCCUUCAACUGUAAACAAAAAAGGUGUUCUCCUAUUGGGAGAUGCAUAUAAUAUAAGACACCCUCUGACUGGUGGAGGAAUGAGUGUUAUUUUAAAUGAUAUAAAAAUAUGGAGAAGUUUGCUUCAGGAUAUCCCAGACCUUUAUGAAGAUUCUGACAUUCUUAAGGCAAAAAAAACAUUUUACUGGUCAAGAAAAAAAUCUCAUUCUUUUGUAGUGAACGUUCUUGCCCAGGCACUUUAUGAACUCUUUGCUGCCACAGAUGAAUCCUUGCAUCAGCUGAAGCAAGCUUGUUUCCAUUACUUCAGACUCGGUGGAGAAUGUGUCUCAGGUCCUGUUGGAUUGCUCUCUGUGUUAUCUCCCAAACCAAUGGUACUGAUUGGCCACUUCUUUGCUGUGGCAUUCUAUGCUGUUUAUUUCUGCUUUAAGUCAGAGUCCUGGAUCACCAUGCCUCGAGCAUUUUUCAGUAGUGGAGCUAUUCUUUACCGGAGUUGUUCCAUAAUAUUUCCACUUAUUUACUCUGAAAUGAAGCAGUUAGCCUACUAAAAUCCAGAGGAAAUAACUGGAGGAAGAAAAUCAUGAUGCCUUCAAAAUCUUUGGACAUGUGCUAUUUAAUAUUGUAUUAUGUUUUAUUUUCUUCAAAAUGCAAUUUCCUUGAUAAGGAUUUGACUUAAUUUUGAUUUUGUGGUUAUAUACAUAUAUAUUAUAUGUAAAUAGCAUCUUCUUUGUAAUUAAAGUUUAAAAAGGAGUUAGCUGUUUGCAAGGACCAUUAUGAAGUGUUGACAUGUGGUAGAUAAUUGCCAGUUUUGUCAGAGUUUCAUUCCUUGCUUUAUCCAUUGCUGAGUGCACCACUAACAUCAAUAAACUGAAAAGUGAAAACUGUAAA